UGUUCCAGCAAAACGCCUGUUGACUUAAUUCCAAAUUUCGGUUGAAAACGGAUUUUGAGAACGGAGCUGAGCGGCCUCGGCGCCAGGAAGUUGCUGCUGAGCCCGUGAGUGCCCGGUGGGGCGGGGGGUGCGUUUCUCGGUACCGGCUGCGCGGUGCCCUCUCCCCGGAGUACCGGCAGGCCGCAGCCGUCAUGGCCCGUUCUCCCGUCGCCAGGUGCAUCGAGGAGCGCUACAAAGCCGUCUGCAGCGCCGCCAGGACACGCUCUGUCCUGUCCCUCGGCGUCGCCUGUUUCAAGCAGCUCCCGGAGAAGUCUGAGAACACGUACCUGUGCCAGAUCUACAACCUCACGCUGCUCUGCACCGAGGAUUAUGUGGUCGAGCCCCAGUCAGUGCAGUUCCUGGUGCAGCACGGCUUCGACUUCAACAAGCAGUACUCCCAGGGGAUCCCUUACCACAAGGGCAACGACAAGGGCAACGAGAGCCAGAGCCUGAGUGUUCGGACGCUGUUCCUGGAGCUCAUCCGGGCCAAGAAGCCGCUGAUCCUCCACAAUGGCCUGAUCGACCUGGUGUUCCUGUACCAGUGCUUCUACGCCCACCUCCCGGAGAACCUGGGCACCUUCACCGCCGACCUCUCCGAGAUGUUCCCGGCAGGAAUAUACGACACCAAGUACGCCUCGGAGUUUGAGACACGCUUUGUAGCCUCCUACUUGGAGUACGCCUACAAGAAGUGCAAGCGAGAGAACUGCAAGCUGAGGGAGUCGAGCGCGCAGCACCUCACGGUGGAGUUCUGCAAUUACCCCGCCGACAUGUCCCGCUACAUCGACUACCGCUACUGCUCUCUGGAGGAGGACAGCCACAGCAGUGCUGCAGGGGGCAACAAGGUGCCUGUCUGUGAGAAGUUUUCAGCCUAUGGGUGGUGUCCAAAAGGGGUGAAGUGUCCAGAGUCUCAUAACAUUGACCUCAUCAUUGACGAGGACGACAAGCUUUGGGAGAAGCGCAAGAAACGGAAGCACAGGUGGAAGCAUCGCAAGAACAUGAAGGUGCUCGCAACGGCAUUCCAGCAGGAAAGCUCAGGGGACAACAUGGAGCAAGCUCAGAACGGGGAGGAGGGACCACCACGGAAGCAGAGCUGCUAUGAGCCUGCAGCUGCCAUAGAGCUGGCAGAGAUCGCACCCAACGGGGAGGGCAGGCCACUGGAGGAGAUCUCCAUGGACAUGGAAACAGAGGUCAGCUCAGACACCAGCACACAAUGGGAAGAGAAUCUGGGGGGCACUGAAAGAACUGACCAGGGGACAGCUGCCCAGAGCCCUUCUGCCAGGGGAAAUGCCUCUGACAGUGACCAAGCAGAGAAGAAGUCCAAGGUUGGGUCGGGCUCAGCCAGUCACCCAGCCACCUGUGAGACUGAGGCAGCAGGUGCUGCAGGAAAGAAGGAAGCCCAUGGCCCUCCUUCCCAGGGGGGCACACACCGAGCUGGCUUUGAUGCGUUCAUGACUGGCUAUAUCAUGGCUUACGUCUGGAUGCUCAAGCAAGGGAAAAACACAGACCCCAGUGCAGGGCCCUGGUUGCCAGACUGCCAUAAUAAACUGUACCUCAGUGGGAAAUCAGUGCCACUGCAAAUAGUGAAGAGCUUGUUUUCUAAAUCUUCCAAAGCUCACAGCGAGAAGAUAAAGUUGGCCUGGGACACUGCAUAGAGCUACAGCACUCCUCACUAAACUGCUUUUUUUGUCUCCUCCAAGUUUUGGAGUUCUUUUUUCCAUCAGGAACUUGCAAAAAAGGGAACGGGUUUCAUAUUCUUAUUUGUGUUUAACAUCUGACCCAUUAAAUUGCUCUCAGUUGGAGUUGCCCGUGUUCCUUAGUGGCAUGCAGGGAUGUGAAGGCAGAGAUGAGGCUGAAGGGGGGCAAAUGUACCUUUGGUUAGAGCAUGCAGAAAUGAGACCGUUGCCCCUACAGGAGAGAAGGGAAGGAGAAAAUUCACAUGGGAAUGUGCUGAUUCUAGAGCUGGCUAACGGCAUGCAGAACCAAGCCAGAGCAGGUCUUCAGACUUGUUCCAAGGGCAGAGGCAGUGGGGCUGAAAGCCAGAUAUGGGAUCCUGAGAAACUGCACAGCUUCCUGUGCUACUAAAGCUAAUUAGGGCUAGAACAGAGCAGCCACCAUGGCAAGCACUCUGCAGGCUACUGUCAAAAGCCAUCUUAGCUGGUAGCUCACAAGACACGGCCAGAGCAGAAAAAAAACAUCCUUGAGUCUCAUGGAUUCAAUAGUGGAACUCUUCAAUGAGAUACAGGAGAGAAAUAACAUUUACUGAGGAUGAGUUUUCCUUGGGUAUAACUCAGCACUGAGUAAUAGCAAAUAUCUCAAUCCGAGAUUAAUGGCAUUUCUAUUUUAAGUAAGCAUUCAAACCAGCUUUUUUAACUUAAAGCAGUUGUCCUCUUAAUCACAAGACUCAGGCCUUGAUUUCAUUUUUAUUUUGAAAGCAAGUUGGGAAAGUUUACAAAACCUGACCAAGAAAAAAAUUAUGAAAAUAUUUAAGUGGAUUCAUCUUUGGUUACUUCUUAUUGCAGUUCCAAUAAAACAUACACCAUUUCUAUAGUUCAAAAAAGUCAGAAGGUCAAUCAACAUAAAAACAAGACGUGCUUUCUUUACAUAUUCAUAAAUAUCCGCAAUAUUAGAAAAGUUGUUUCGCAAAGAUUUUUUUUCUGGCAGUGUUAACUUACUAUUAUACACAGGCUACAAACUUCUUCCUAAGCCUUUAAUUACAAGUUCAGCUAUUUACAGACUGCAAAAUAUUAAGACGUAAAACUCCUUC